GUCAAGAAGGGUGUCUUCAUUGCGGACGCUCUUUCGUUCUUUCUUUUGGGUGGGCAUUUUAAUCAGAGAAGACGAGUCAGAGAGAGGAAAGAGAAUUGCUGCAAAAAAGACCAACUUGACCUUCGAUCUUCAUCUUCCUCUCUCCCUCGCUUCUGUUGAUUUAGUUCUCCUUUCUUCUUCAUUGUUGUUAGUUUUUUGUUCAGACGGUCACCAUGAACGGGAAGGCCAACGUUUCUAAAGAGCUCAACGCAAAGCAUAAAAAGAUAUUGGAAGGACUUCUUAAACUGCCAGAAAAUAGGGAAUGUGCCGAUUGCAAAGCUAAAGGUCCAAGAUGGGCAAGUGUGAACCUAGGCAUCUUUAUCUGCAUGCAGUGUUCAGGAAUACAUCGAAGUCUUGGGGUUCAUAUUUCAAAGGUAUGUUAUGUUGAUUAUAAUGAUGUCUCAAUUUAUAUGAUACCAUAUAAGUAGACUAUUAUGGAGACU